AGUGCAAACCAAAGCGGCGUUAGUGUCACAUACAACUGCAAUAAAUUUCCUAAAUUUCAGCCCUUUUGGCGUGGUUUUGACAGCAACGCCUCGUCACUUCUGUAGUUUAUAGAAACUGUAGACAAAACAAACAUUCAUGAGCUGGUGUUGAAAAUGAUUAUGGACGGCGGUGGUAGGAAAAAGUGCUGAACGGCAGAGAUCUCUCCCGUUUUUUGGUGGUUAAAGUUUGCUGAAAAUAUUUUCAACUCUGCCGCUAGUGCUUAGUUAUUAUGGUGUUUUCGAAGCGGAAGAUGAAGCAGCUGUUCGCGUUUGGUGUGGCCGUAGUUCUCGUGAUCUGUUUGUACAAGUCGUGGGGCAAUCCAACCGGCGACGGCAAACUGAGUCUGGGAAUUGGAAAUAAAAAUGAUCUCGAUCACGGCGGAGAACGGUUGAAAUAUGUACAUCAGCGGAACGAACAUCCGUCGUUGGAUGAUCCCCAGGCAGUGGCACCCAAGACACACCCGGAUGCCGACAUGGCCGAUGGGUUCGAUGAAGAGCAUGAGUCGCUGCAUUCGGCCAAGAAGCAGAUUCUUGAGCUUGAGCGAAAGAUUCAGGAGCUGGAAGGCCGGAUACCGCGGAAAUAUCCCGACGUCACUUUUCUGAACUACAAAAAUAGAAAGCGAAUACUGAUCACCGGCGGGGCCGGUUUCGUAGGCUCUCACCUUGUCGAUUACCUGAUGAUGCAAGGGCACGAGCUGAUUGUGGUGGAUAAUUUUUUCACUGGGCGCAAGCGCAAUGUCGAACACUGGUUGGGUCACGAAAACUUCGAGCUGAUCCAUCAUGACAUCGUCAACCCGCUGUUCAUCGAGGUGGACGAAAUAUAUCAUCUUGCCAGUCCGGCCAGUCCACCGCACUACAUGUACAAUCCGGUGAAGACGAUCAAAACCAACACGCUGGGUACGAUCAACAUGCUCGGCUUGGCGAAGCGGGUAGGAGCGAAGGUGUUGAUUGCCAGCACUUCGGAGGUGUACGGAGAUCCGGAUGUGCAUCCACAGCCGGAGACCUACUGGGGUCACGUAAAUCCGAUUGGACCGAGAGCCUGUUAUGAUGAGGGCAAACGUGUGGCUGAAACGCUCAGUUAUGCCUAUGCCAAACAGGAAAAUGUCAAUGUUCGCGUGGCACGAAUCUUCAACACUUACGGUCCCCGGAUGCACAUGAACGACGGCCGAGUGGUGUCUAAUUUUAUCAUCCAGGCCCUGCAAAACCAGUCAAUUACGAUGUACGGAAGUGGAAAGCAGACACGAUCUUUUCAGUACGUCUCCGAUCUGGUGGACGGUUUGGUCGCACUGAUGGCUUCCAACUAUACGCAGCCUGUUAACUUAGGGAAUCCGGUGGAACGUACUAUCGAAGAGUUCGCCGAGAUCAUCCGGGAUCUAGUUGGAUGCAAGAGCAAGAUCGUCGAGCUGCCCGCAGUGGAGGACGAUCCACAGCGGCGGAAACCUGAUAUUUCCAGAGCCAAGAAAUAUCUCAACUGGGAGCCGCGGGUUCCGCUGAAGGAAGGUCUAGAGAAAACCAUCGAAUACUUCCGGAAGGAGCUGGCCCGCUCAAACCACUCCCAGCGCAAUAUUUUCGUGCCAGAAACGACGGAGAGAGCGUGGCACUAGCAGAGUACCAGGUGGUGAUUGGCCAAUGGAGCAAAAUAGGUGCUAUGAGCACUCGGGUGGUAAGAAGCGGAUAAUGACCACACGAUGGAAGCUAACGUAAAUGGGUGCAAUUUUCUGGUUCAUUUCUCUUGCCCAUCAUGUUUGCAGUACAAAUUUUUCAACGUUCUAAACAGUUAAAAUAUCCAGAACCAUUCAUCCUUUUACCUGUGUCUGAUAAGGUGUGUGAAUUUGAUAGUCUUGUCGCAGAAACUUCGAGCGCUUGAAAAGAGGAUUAUAGAAUGUCAAUAGAUUAAAAUAGAAUUGACUUUAGGGCGCGGUUCAAAACUUUUUGUUUUUGUUGGCUUUUAGCAUAAAUUUAUUUAGAAAUUUAUUGCACUCAACCGUUUGCGAAUGUUUCUUCUGUCUAGUCUGUUUUUAUUCUACGCUGUUCAUUUUUUUUUUCUUGUGUGCGAAUGUAAAAAUAACUCAUUUCAGUUUAUAGGGUUGUAAAUAAAGGCGAAAUAGUUGUUAGUAUUAUAA